CAUGGCAUGGAAUGGGCAAGCUCUGCAUGCACGGCGUGCUCCUGUGCCAAUGGGAAGGUUAGCUGCACCCGCAAGUCCUGCCCACCCCUUUCUUGUGGCAGAGGGGAGCUGGAGUACAUCGCUCAAGGAGAGUGCUGUCCCAAAUGCGUGGGUACUGGUGAGUCCUGCUCCUUUGAUGGCCAAAUGUUUCGGGAUGGCGAGGAGUGGCACCUCAGCCAGUGCUCCAAAUGUGUCUGCAGGAAUGGGGAAACUCAGUGCUUCACAGCCGAAUGUCAGCCAAUGUUGUGCAACGAGGAUGAAGCUAUGGCUGUGUCUCCUGGAAAAUGUUGCCCAGAGUGCAUUCCAAAACCCUGUUCCAUAUCUGGAAAAGUGUAUGAGCAUGGUGAGCAGUGGAAGAAAAAUUCCUGCACUACCUGUGUAUGUAACAGAGGGGCAGCAAAGUGUCUUAAACAGGCCUGUGCCCCACGUACCUGUGAGAAGGAUCAGAACAAAGUGCAGCGUCCUGGGAAAUGUUGCGAGCAGUGCGUGUCUUCCAAAGGAAGCUGCUUAUACGAAGGCACCAUCAGGUAUCACAACGAGAUGUGGAAUGGCACUCGCUGUGAAUUUUGUACGUGUGAUGGAGGACAAGUCACUUGUCAGAAUGGAGCGUGUGCCAAAGUGGAGUGCGCCUUGGAUGAAGAAUUAAUUCAUUUGGAGGGGAAGUGCUGUCCUGAAUGUAUUUCAAGGGGUAGUUACUGUGUGUACGAGGAACGUAGCAAAGAUAUCUCGCUCCCUGAUGUGAGUGGAGUAAAACACAUCAAGAAUGGAGAGAAAUGGAAAGAAGACCCGUGCAAGGAAUGUGAAUGCCGGGACGCCGAGGUGGUCUGCUAUCGACGCUCUUGUCCGUCCUGCCCGUUGGGCCGCCUGGCAGCAAAGGCGGAGGGAGACUGCUGCUCGCAGUGCCAGUCAGUGCAAUGCCACUCAGACUGCUUGACGUGCUCUCGGUCCUUUGACCACUGUGACGUCUGCCUGGAUGCAACUAAGUGGCUUCAGAAUGGACGCUGUGUGGGGAGCUGUGAUUCUGGAUUCUAUCGGGAUGCUGGGGUUUGCUUAGCCUGCAUGGAGAUGUGCUCCACCUGCACCAAUGGGUUUGAGUGCACCUCAUGCCAGGGAUCCCUGCUGAUGAAGUACGGGCAAUGUGUGACAUUGUGCGGGGACGGAUUCUUCCAGGAUCACCUCCACUGUGCAGUUUGUCACGAGUCCUGCUCUGCAUGCUGGGGGUCUGCUGAGAACAACUGCUUGGCCUGCAAGGACGGGUCUCACGUUUUAAAUGCCGGGCUCUGUGUGGCCAGCUGUGGUCACGGGUUUUAUGUGAAGAACGGAAUCUGCAAUGCUUGUGACCAGUCCUGUGAAACAUGUUAUUCAGACCAACCCAGAUGUUUAACGUGUGCUUCAGAUAAGGUGUUACACAGUGGGAAAUGCAUUUCAGAAUGCCCUGGUGGGUAUUACACAGACAACAUUCAGCGAUGCAGAGCUUGUCACGAUUCUUGUGCCAGUUGUAUUGGCCCAUUGGCCACUCAGUGCACUUCCUGUUCCCUUGCUCUGGGAUUGCGCCAGGGCCAGUGUCUGCCUGCCUGCGGAGAGGGCUUUUAUCACGAUCACAAUGUCUGCAAAGGUUGCCAUCCAUCUUGUCGUGCCUGUGUAGGGCCGGAGAACUCUCACUGCACCCAGUGUAGGAAGCCAGAGGAGGUAUUGCAGCCUGGACAGCUCCUCGAGGGAGCACCAUAUGGCAUUUGCCUUUCUCAGUGCAAAGCCCGAUUCUACCUUGAGAACACCAGAGUGUGCAGAGAGUGCCACUCCUCAUGCUCAGCCUGCACAGGGAGAUCUCCCCACAACUGCACGGCCUGCUCCUCCCCCCGUGUCCUACUUGAUGGCAAGUGCUUAUCCGAGUGCCCGGAAGGAUUGUACAGCCAGAAUGCUCUUUGCCACUCCUGCCAUCCAUCCUGCAAAAAGUGCAAUGGUCCUUCAGACUCUGACUGCAUAACCUGCCAUCCUCAUGCAACCCUUGUGAGUGGGAAGUGCAGGACUAGCUGCAAGGAGGAGCAGUACCUGAACCUUGUGGGAUAUUGUGUUGACUGUCAUCCUUUGUGCCACCAGUGCGUGGCUGAUCUCCACGACACGGGCAGCGUCUGCUUGAAAUGCCAGAACGCCCGUCACUUGCUGCUGGGGGAUCGCUGUGUUCCCGACUGUCCUGUGGGAUCCUAUGCAGAAAGCGGAGUCUGUAAAAAGUGUCACCCCUCGUGCAAAACCUGCAGUGGCGGAGGCCCUUUCUCCUGCUCUUCCUGUGACUCCAGCCUCGUUUUGUCCCACACUGGAAUGUGCACCUCAGCCUGUUUCCUAGGAUACUACAGGGAUGAGAGCCGGACCUGCAAACCUUGCAGUGUCCACUGUCUGAGUUGUGAGUCGGCCAUGGGAUGUACAUCAUGCAGAGACUCGGCCAAGAUUCUGUUAUUUGGUGAAUGCCAGUAUGAAAGCUGCACUCAGCAAUAUUAUCUUGAUUACUCCACCAAGACUUGCAGAGAGUGUGACUGGAGCUGUAAUGCUUGUAAAGGCCCCGCGAGGACUGACUGUCUGCAGUGCAUGGAUGGCUAUAUUCUGCAGGAUGGGGCCUGCGUUGAACAGUGCCCGUUAGCUUUCUACAGGGAAUCAGACACAUGCCAACGAUGUGAUGACCAUUGCCUCCAGUGUCACCAUCCAAAUGAGUGCACUCGCUGUGAAGCUCCUUUUCUCCUCUUGCAAACACAUUGUGUCCUGGACUGUGGGAAGCGAUACUAUGCAGACCGCACAGAACAGAAAUGCACAGCUUGCCCCGGGGGAUGCUUGGAGUGUGACAAUGCCAGUGAGUGCCACCUCUGUGAUGCCACCAUGUUUUUGAAGAACAAGCUUUGUGUUUCUUACUGUGGUCAUGGUUUUUAUGGCAACACCAGGACCAGAGAGUGUGAAGGUGACACAGAUACGUCUGUUUCCCAGGUGAAUGGUUCACUCACAGUAGGGAUUGGUGGGGUAAAGCCACUGGACUUGUCCUUCAUGGAUGCACGUGACCUGGGUGACCGAGAUGGAGAGCUGCUGUUCCAUGUGGUCAGCUCUCCCACCAAUGGCAGGCUAGUGAUCAUGGAGAAUGGGAAAGAUGUGCAACUGGACACGGGUGACCACUUCAGUUGGAAGGAUGUGAAGGAGAAGAGAGUCCGCUUUGUGCACAGCAGAGAGAAAUCCAGGAAAGGUCAGUUUUCCUUGAAGAUCAGCGAUCAGCGGUUCUUCUCCCAGUUAGAGAUGAUCACCGUGCAAGCACUGUCGACACAGGCCCCAUAUGUGCUAAGGAAUGAAGUCCUCUUUAUCAGCACAGGGGAUAUUGGAUCAAUAACAAACGUGUUGCUUGAUAUUCGAGACAAUGACAAUCCCCAGGAUGUAGCGGUGGUGGUUUUAGAUCCUCCACGUCAUGGCCAGCUGGUCAAAGCUCCAGGGGACACAGCUUCUGCAGCCCAAGUAUUCCAUCUUGAUGACCUGGCGAAUGGACUCCUACGUUAUGCUCACGAUGGUUCUGACAGUCGGGAUGAUACGGUUCUUCUGCAAGUGAACGAUGGGCACCACUUCCAGAAUAUCCUGUUCCACAUUAAGGUUUCUCCAAAGAGUGAUGGAGGCCCCCGGCUGGUUACUAACCCCCUGGUGUGGGUCCCAGAAGGAGGGAUGCUGCAGAUCACCAGCAGAAUUUUGCAAGCAGAGAUGCCUGGUGCCAGUGAAUCUGAGAUAACUUACACGAUCAUCAAGGACCAGCCAAGAUACGGGGAGGUGGUUCUUCUGGUUCCAAUGCCAGCAGAUGGCCCAGCUGACUCAUGGCAGCGUCUGCCUGAUGGAAGAGCCGCCACGCCAACCACCUCUUUCACCCAGCGGGACGUCAACGAAGGCAUUGUUUGGUAUAGGCACUCUGGAUCCCAGGCGGAGAGCGACUCCUUCUAUUUCCAGGUAUCGAGUGCUGCUAUUCCACAAACCCACCUGGAGACCCACAUGUUCAACAUUGCCAUUCUCCCACAGAUACCUGAAGCACCACAGCUCUCACUUGGGUCCUCUCUCCACAUGACUGCACUGGAGGAUCGGGUGACAGUGAUUGAGCCGCAUCAUCUCUCCUUUGUAGACUCAGAGAGUCCGAGUGGGAAAAUCAUGUUCAAUGUGACUGUACCUCUGCAGCCAAAUCAAGGAAUCGUGGAGCACAGAGACAGGCCCCUCUCCCCAGUCAAGUAUUUCACGCAAGCGGAUAUAAACCAUGGCAAGAUUGCUUACCGUCCACCCACUGCAGCUCCACACGUCAGAGAGAUUAUGGCAUUCUCUUUUGCUGGUCUCCCGGAGUCAGUGAACUUCAGUUUCACAGUGUCUGAUGGAGAACAUACCACCCCUGAGCUGAUGUUUACCAUUCACUUGCUCUCGACUAAUGAGCAGCCUCCGGUGUUCCAGAUCACAGCUCCAUUUCUGGAGGUCAGCCAGGGUGGCAAGGCUACGAUUGGGAUACAGCUGGCAGUAAGUGACACAGACUCGGCUCCUGAAGAUCUCUUCUUUGAGCUGGUGGAACCUCCUCACCAUGGUGUUCUGCUCAGGUAUAACGCUGGGGGCCAUGAGCACAUGAAAGCAGGAGACACCUUCACGUAUGAGGAUGUCACCCGAAAUGCUUUACAAUAUGUCCACGAUGGCUCAUCAGUAGCAGAGGACAGCAUGGAAAUCUCCGUAACUGACGGCGUUACCACUGCAACAACGGUGCUGAAAGUCAAAGUGUCCUUGAUGGAUAGCGAUGGUCCCCGGCUGGCCCCUGGCUGCUCGUUGACUGUCAUGGUGGCUAGUAAAAGCUCUGUGACUCUCUCCCGAUCACACCUUGCUUACACUGAUAAUAAUUCUGCUGACUCGAAAAUAAGAAUUCAGUUAAUUUCUCUGCCCGUGUAUGGCACCCUCAUGCGGACAACAUCUGGGCAGCAUGGUGAAGAGCUUUCUGAGGUUUAUAAUUUCACCAUGGAAGAUAUCAACAACCAGAGAAUCAGAUACUCAACUGAGUUUGAGACUGACAAUCAGCCAGUCACAGAUAUUUUCCACUUCACUGUCUUUGAUGCUGACAACAAUCGGCUCGACAGCCAGAUGUUUACCAUCACUAUCACAUCUGUCCAGAACAAGCCUUCGAUCAUUGCUUUUGCUGACCUUAUCACUGUUGAUGAGGGAGGCAGGGUCCCGCUGUCAGUUCACCAUCUCUUAGCCACUGACUACGAUACAGCCAAAGACGACCUAAUGGUUACAAUAAUUACGCUACCAAUAUAUGGGUACAUUGAAAACACAAGGACAGGUGGAACUUUUGGCCCUGGGGGCUCUGCAGGCUCAGAUGCGUCGUUCUCCAUUCACGACGUGCUGGAGAACAGUAUUUACUACUUUCAGAGCGUCCAUGAAAGCAUCGAGCCGACUAAUGACGUCUUCACAUUUUACGUGAGCGAUGGCUUCAGCCGGUCCGAAACUCACAGCGUCAACAUCACCAUCCAGCGGCGGAAUGAUGAGCCCCCGAAGAUGACGCUGGUGCCUGUCAGAGUGCACGGCAGUGCGGGGGUGGUGAUCAGCAAUACCUCCCUAAGCCUGCAGGACUUGGACACUCCCGAUGAGCAGUUGGUCUUUCUAGUUACCAAAAAGCCUGACCAUGGUCACCUCCGCAGGAGACAAUCUUACUCAGAGCCUCUGGAGAAUGGGCGUGUUCUGUCUCAGGGCUCCUCUUUCACCUAUCAGGAUGUCCUGGACGAACGGAUCGUUUACACGUGGGGCAGUUCCAGAACGCAGACAGAUGAGUUCAGAUUCUCUCUCACGGAUGGGCUGUACACUGAAACGGGGAGAGUGGAGUUCUCUGUGGAGCUGCCAAAGAAUGAACCGCCCAGAUUAGCUGUGAACAGGGGCCUGCAGCUUUCAGCUGGCUCUGUAGCACGCAUCACAGGUCAGCACUUAAAAGCUACAGCUAUUGAUUCGGAUGACCUGAAGGUCAGAUAUGUCCUGAAGAAAGAUCCCAGUACUGGACAUCUGCAGAUGACUAAAACUGAUAACCUGGUCCAGAUCUCUGUCAAGGGACCCAUCAAAAGUUUCACCCAAGCUGAUAUAAAUAAAGGACAAGUGGAAUAUAGUCAUGAGAAGGGGGAGCCUGGAGGAAGUUUUUCUUUCACCUUCGAUGUGAUUGAUGCAGAAGGCAACAAACUGGUCGACCAGUCAUUCUAUAUUAGUGUCUUAGAGGACAGACUCCCCCCCUCCAUCAUAGCUAACAAAGGGCUGGUCUUGGAUGAAAAUUCAGUGAAGAAGAUCACAACGCUGCAGCUCUCCGCCACCGACCAGGACAGCGAGCCUGCAGCGCUCCUGUACCGAAUCACCAAACAGCCACAGCUGGGUCACCUGGAACAUGCUGCGUCACCAGGCACAAGGAUUAACUCAUUCAGCCAGGCAGACCUGGCCUCGCGCAGCAUCCAGUACCUCCACACCAGUGAGGCAGAGAAGCAUGCUGAUGCGUUCACCUUCUCCGUCUCGGAUGGAGUGAAUGAGGUCACUCAGACGUUUGACAUCACCAUAACCCCAGUGGAUGACUCCUUGCCUGUGGUGCAGAGCCCUGGGAUGCGGGUGCAGGAAGGGGUGAGAAAAACCAUCACGGAGUUUGAGCUGAAAGCCACAGAUGCCGACACGGAGGCCGAAUCGGUUACAUUCACCAUCGUGCAGCCUCCUCGACACGGUCUGAUUGAACGCACCAACGAUGGGCAGCACUAUCGCCAGACGGCCACCUUCACGAUGGACGACAUCUACCAGAACCGGGUCUGCUACAGCCACGACGGCAGCAACUCCCUGAAGGAUCGCUUCACCUUCACAGUGUCUGAUGGGACCAAUCCCUUUUUCAUUGCCGAGGAUGGAGGGAAGGAGAUGGUGACAGCGGCACCGCAGCGGUUCAAAGUGGACAUUCUCCCGGUGGACGAUGGGACUCCCAGAAUUGUCACCAACUUGGGCCUGCAGUGGCUGGAGUACAUGGAUGGCAAGGCAACAAAUCUGAUCACCAAGAAGGAACUGUUGACUAUGGACCCCGACACAGAGGACAAACAGCUGAUCUAUGAGAUAACAACUGGACCCAGACAUGGUCACGUGGAGAGCAAGCUGAAACCGGGGACAGCUGUGACUACAUUUACACAAGAGGAUGUGAAUCUGGGACUGAUUCGGUACGUGUUGCUGGAAGAGAAGAUUCAGGAAACCAUGGAUAGCUUUCAGUUUCUAGUGAAAGACAGCAAGCCCAACGUUGUCAGUGACAAUGUCUUCCAUAUCCAGUGGUCUCUCAUAAGCUUUAAAUACACCAGCUACAAUGUCAGUGAGAAGGCUGGCUCUGUCAGCGUAACGGUGAAGAGGAUCGGUAACCUCAAUCAAUAUGCCAUUGUCCUGUGCCGAACGGAGCAAGGAACUGCCACCUCCAGCGUCAGUUCAAAGCCAGGACAGCAGGACUACGUAGAGUAUGCAGGCCAGGUGCAGUUUGAUGAGUGGGAGGACACCAAGGCCUGCAUCAUUGCUAUCAGUGAUGAUGACAUCUUUGAGAACACGGAGAGCUUCACCGUGGAGCUCAGCAUGCCAGCUUAUGCCCUGCUGGGGGAGAUCACCCAGGCCAAAGUCAUCAUCAACGACACAGAGGAUGAACCCACUCUGCAGUUUGACAGGAAGACUUACCAUGUCAACGAGAGUGCUGGCUUUCUGUCUGCACCCAUUGAAAGGAAAGGGGAUGCCAGCAGCAUCGUAUCUGCUCUUUGCUACACCAUCUCCAAAUCUGCUAAAGGCAGCAGCCUUUACACACUGGAGUCGGGGUCUGACUUUAAGUCUAGGGGGAUGUCGAAUGAGAACCGUGUUAUUUUGGGGCCCGGUGUCACCAUGUCAACCUGUGACAUCAAACUGAUCGAUGACAGCGAGUACGAGGAGGAGGAGGAGUUUGAAAUUGCCCUGGCGGAUGCCUCUAGUAAUGCGCGCAUAGGGAGCGUGGCUUCGGCCAAGGUGAUGAUCAGUGGCCCCAACGACGCCUCCACUGUGUUCCUGGGAAACGCAACUUUUACUGUCAAUGAGGAUGCAGGCACCAUUGACAUUCCAGUGAUCCGGCAUGGUACUGACCUCUCAACCCCCACCUCGGUGUGGUGUGCCACUCGGACUUCAGAUCCACCCUCGGCCAGUCCAGGAAUUGACUAUAUCCCCAGCUCCAAGAAAGUCGAGUUCAGGCCAGGCAGAACUGAGGAGUACUGCACCUUGACAAUCCUGGACGAUGCCCAGUACCCAGUGAUUGAAGGGCUGGAGACGUUUGUUGUAUACCUAAGCUCACCCCAUGGGGCUGAAUUGACCAAACCUUUCCAAGCUAUAGUGGCCAUUAAUGACACCUUCCAAGAUGUACCCAACAUGCAGUUUGGCAAGGACUUGUACGCUGUGAAGGAGAAGGAGGGUGUCCUGCACAUUCCCAUCAUCCGCACCGGAGACCUGAGCUAUGAGUCCUCUGUCAGGUGCUACACCCGCAGCCAGACAGCGGAAGUCAUGGAGGACUUCGAGGAGAGGAGAAAUGCGGAGGAGUCUCGCAUCACUUUUUUGAAAGGAGAGAAGGUGAAGAACUGCACUGUCUAUAUCAAUGAUGACUCUGCAUUUGAACCCGAGGAGCAAUUCCGGAUCUAUCUCGGCAGUCCCCUGGGAAACCACUGGAGCGGAGCUAGAAUCGGAAAGAAUGACAUGGCCACCAUUACUGUCUCCAAUGAUGAAGAUGCACCCACCAUUGAGUUUGAAGAGGCUGCAUACCAAGUACGGGAGCCUCCAGGCCCUGAGGGCAUUGCUAUUCUAAACAUCAAGGUGCUCAGAAGAGGGGACCAGAACAGGACCUCGAAGGUCCGCUGCAGCACCCGUGAUGGCUCAGCCCAGUCCGGAGUCGAUUACUAUCCAAAGAGUCGAGUCCUCAAGUUUAGCCCUGGGGUGGAGCACAUCAUAUUUAAGGUGGAGAUCAUGUCUAACGAAGACCGGGAGUGGCAUGAGUCCUUUUCUGUGAUGCUGGGUCCAGAUGAUCCAGUGGAAGCUGUUCUUGGGGAUAUCACCACUGCAGUAGUCACUAUUCUGGAUCAGGAAGCAGCAGGGAGCCUUAUUUUACCAGCACCUCCCAUUGUGGUCACCCUGGCAGACUAUGACCAUGUGGAGGAAGUAACCAAAGAGGGUGUAAAGAAAUCCCCUUCUCCAGGCUACCCACUGAUCUGUGUAACACCUUGUGAUCCUCACUUCCCCAAGUACUUAGUCAUGAAGGAGCGCUGCGAUGAGGCCGGGAUCAACCAGUCUUCAAUACAGUUCAGCUGGGAGGUGGCAACCCCCACUGAUGGGAAUGGGGCCAGAUCACCCUUUGAAACAAUUACGGACAAUACGCCGUUCACUAGCAUCAACCACAUGGUGCUGGACAGCAUUUACUUCAGCCGGCGGUUCCAUGUGCGCUGUGUGGCAAAAGCCGUAGACAAGGCCGGGCACGUGGGGACCCCACUGAGAAGCAACAUAGUUACCAUCGGGACCGACAGCGCCAUUUGUCAUACUCCUGUGGUAGCUGGAACGGCCCGAGGAUUCCAGGCUCAGUCAUUCAUUGCCACUCUGAAGUAUCUGGAUGUCAAACACAAGGAACAUCCCAACAGAAUCCAUAUUUCAGUGCAAAUUCCCCACCAGGAUGGAAUGCUGCCUCUCAUCUCCACUAUGCCUCUGCACAACCUGCACUUCCUCUUAUCCGAGUCCAUCUACAGACACCAGCAUGUCUGCUCAAACCUGGUCACCAUCCGGGAUCUGCAGGGCAUCUCGGACGCGGGAUUCCUGGAUGAAGUGACCUAUGACAGCAUCGUUCUGGGUCCUGGAUAUGACCGUCCAUACCAGUUUGAUCCCACCGUGAGAGAACCAAAGACAAUCCAGCUCUACAAACACCUCAAUCUGAAGAGCUGCAUUUGGACCUUUGAUGCUUACUAUGACAUGACAGAAUUAAUCGAUGUCUGUGGGGGAUCUGUAACUGCUGACUUCCAGGUGCGAGAUUCUGCCCAGUCCUUCCUGACAGUCCAUGUCCCUCUCUAUGUGUCCUACAUUUAUGUGACCGCACCAAGAGGCUGGGCUUCUCUUGAACAUCACACAGAGAUGGAAUUUUCCUUCUUCUACGACACUGUUCUCUGGAGAACAGGGAUUCAGACAGACAGCGUUCUCUCCGCCAGGCUGCAGAUAAUAAGGAUCUACAUCCGAGAGGAUGGCCGGCUGGUUAUUGAGUUCAAGACCCAUGCCAAAUUCAGAGGGCAUUUUGUGAUGGAGCACCACACUCUGCCAGAUGUGAAGUCUUUUAUAAUGACUCCAGACCACCUAGGAGGGAUUGAGUUCGAUCUGCAGCUUUUGUGGAGUGCACAGACUUUUGACUCCCCGUAUCAGCUGUGGAGGGCAACCAGCUCCUAUAACAGGAAGGACUAUUCUGGAGAGUACACAAUCUACUUAAUCCCUUGUACUGUGCAGCCCACGCAGCCGUGGAUUGACCCAGGAGACAAGCCAUUGGCGUGUACUGCUCAUGCCCCAGAAAGAUUUUUGAUCCCAAUUGCCUUCCAGCAGACAAACCGCCCAGUUCCUGUCGUGUACUCUCUGAACACAGAGUUUCAGCUCUGUAACAAUGAGAAAGUAUUUUUGAUGGAUCCCACUAAAUCUGAAAUGUCUUUGGCAGAAAUGGAUUACAAAGGAGCUUUUUCAAAGGGUCAAAUCCUAUAUGGCCGUGUGCUUUGGAAUCCUGAACAAAAUCUAAAUGCUGCCUACAAACUGCAGCUGGAAAAAGUCUAUCUCUGUACUGGCAAGGAUGGUUAUGUGCCUUUCUUUGACCCUACUGGAACAAUCUAUAAUGAGGGGCCACAGUAUGGCUGUAUUCAACCCAACAAGCACCUAAAACACAGAUUUCUGCUACUGGACCGAAACCAACCUGAAGUAACUGAUAAGUACUUCCACGAUGUACCUUUUGAUGCCCACUUUGUCUCUGAAUUGUCUGAUUUCCACUUGGUGAGCAGCAUGCCAGGAGUGGAUGGAUUUACUAUGAAAGUGGAUGCUCUCUACAAGGUGGAAGCUGGACACCAGUGGUACCUUCAGGUGAUCUAUAUAAUUGGCCCAGAAACCAUUGCAGGGCCCCGUGUUCAACGGUCUCUCACUCACCACCUGAAACGCAGCCGCAGGGACCUGGUGGACAACAACGGCAGACUGAUUCUGGAUGACUCGUUGAUCUAUGACAAUGAAGGCGACCAAGUCAAGAAUGGCACCAACAUGAAAUCGCUGAGCCUGGAGGUUCAGGAAGCAGUAGCGGCUGCUUCCUUAUCACAAACAGGGGCUUCCAUAGGAAGUGCAUUCGCUGCCAUCAUGCUGCUGCUGCUUGUGCUCCUGUUAGUUUGCUUCAUAACCAGGAAAUGUCGAAAGCAGAAGAAGAAGAAAAAGCCUGCCAAAGAUCUCAUGGAGGAAUAUCCUCUCAACACCAAGCUAGAAGUACCCAAGAAAAACACAGAAAGGGCAGAGAAGAACGUAAACAGACAAUACUGCACUGUGAGGAAUAUCAAUAUAUUAAGUGACAAUGAGGGUGCCUACAAGGUCAAAGGUGCUAAGGUCAAACAAGUGAACUUAGAGGUCAAAGUUCACAACAAUUUACAUGAUGGAACAGAAGUUUGA